UGGUAAUGAACACUGCUAAAAAUAGUGAAUUUGCUGUACUGUGUCAGGUUGCUGAGUCUAACCCACUGCACUGCAUCUGUCAUUAAAUACUGGGGAGUGGACAGCAAAGUCUGUAUGCCUACCUGCAUCUAGUUAUUUGUGUAAGUUUAGAUGUUUGUUGCUCAGCUCCGCAAGGAUAUGUAAAUUCAAAUGCUGUUUUGUGGCUUGACAUUGAUUAUAUUGGAUUAUUGUCCAGUCAUUUCAUUUGCACAGCAUUUACAAGUAUUUUGGAAAAGGCUUCCCCUGCUCUCCAAAAUACAAAAGCCGGAUUCAGGCAGUGUCAUUUUGCCUUCAAAAACAGUUUGAGCUAAGGCAGCGUGCAAGUCCAGAGCUGCAAUCUAUGUUGAAAGUUUGUAUCUAGUCAGUGAGUAAAACCCAGAGCUUAACUUCCAGAACGAGCACAAUGAAAAAGGAUGGAAGAGCGACUGGUGAUGUGAGAGCAGCACAGUAGCGUGUGUUGCAAGCUGUGCUUGGCCUCGCCAGUGCUGCCCUGGUGUGGCCAGCUCAUCUGAGGGUGACUGGGGACUGUGAAGGCAUGGUCUCUGUCCCACUUGUGCCAUUUAUCAUGGUGGUGCAAUUGCAUGAAGCUCUCUUGGAUGCUUUGCUGCCCGUGGAAUUGGAGUAACGUUGCCAACGGAGUUGCUCGAAAGCUGUGUUUGGCUGAAGGCUGGCAGCAGUCUGAGCCCAGUUUGGUUCCUCCCCAGUAAAUGGGUAAAUGUUAUACUGGAGUGCUCAGGAGAAAAUGUGAUCAGCAUGCUGUGUGUUGGUCUGACUGAUUUCUGAAAGGAUGGUUUUAACAAAAGGAAACAGUUGUCUUUCAAGGAAAAGAAACUGAAAGUUUACAUACCAAAGUUGCUGACUUUCUAAGAAUUCACAGGAGUCACUGACAGGUGAUGGAGUGUGGCUUGGUGAUGCAGCUUAGGGUUGUUGGACUCUGUGGCAGCUUUUGAAGUGCUGGGCUUUCUCUUCAGGUGAACAGUGUGUUGGGCAAACUCCCUUUUGGGGCUGUUGUAAUAAGAAUUUGGGAAUAACGGAUGUAGAAAUGUUGGAUGGAAGAUCCAGGGCUCACUCACAAGCACUGCUUGGCUGACUGUGCCCUUGCUUAGAGCACCGUUUGUUCUGCAAAGGGGUUUGGGAGUGGCAUGUGUGGGCGCAGUGGAUGUUUUGUUGAAACUUCUGGGCUGGACAGCAUGACGUGAUUGCAUGCACUUGGGAAUUGAGCUCAGUCAUCUGGGUGUCUCUUCCUGCCCUGCAAGUGUUGCAGGCUGGGGUGCAUAGCUUUCACUCCUGGUAUUAAAGCUGGCCUCAAAUGUUUCACAGUUUUUAUGCUUACAUGUGAACUCUCUUUGCUUACAGGCAUAGUGAUUGUAGUGUAUGCCCGCUGGAGCAGGAGAAAAAUCUGCAGUAUCAGUCUGCAUCUAACCAUCACUAUCCAUAACCCAUGUUGAUUUUUAUGUGCACUUUUUAACAAAAUUCUGGUGUGACUUUGAGUCACCCACCACCUGACAGAAACCAAUAGCCUUUGAGACAGAGGCACUGGGAUACCCUUAAAACCAGAAGCAUUUCAAUCUGCAUGGUUGUAUGUCUUACUAGCUACUCCAGUGUUAUCUCUAGAACAUGUGUUCUGAGCUGUGGCUAUGAACAUCUGGUGGCAGCAGUUUAAAAUUAUUUUAGAGGUUGAAAAAAGCUGUUCUUCUAAUAACAAAAGUUCCAGGGGGUUAAUCUUACGGGGUUUGAGUGUUGUUCUAAGAAGCCAAAUGCUGUUUUUUCAUCUGUGAUUUAGCUCCUUGAGUUAAACUCAGGUUAGGUUCAGAGAUGGGAAAAUGGGAUCUCCGAGUUUUAUUUUUUUUUUUUCCCCACAUGGAUCUUGUAACACAAUCUCACAGGAGCUUCAUCAAAUGAGAUAUUUCUUUUAAUGUUACUGUUGAGAACACAGGCUUUUCAGUGUGACCAGCUUCAGAUGCCUGACUAGACUGGACAAGGAAAUUAGCUACCUUAUCUAAUACUCUACUCAGGAAAGUGGCUUCUGCUCUGGCUUUUUUUCUUGAAAAACUCUGGAGCGUGCUUUAACUGGGAGGUGUGAUUACCACUCUUUCCUUUAAACAGCAACCAAAAAAGAGAUGUUUGGUUUGUUUUUUUAAAGACAUGUGGCAGGAGGACAAAGGUUCCAUCUCAUUCCCUAUUUUUUUUUUUGAAUUUGCAGAAAGUAUCCUAGGAGAAGAUCAACUAAAAAUGCACUUGUCCAGAAAGAUGUGAAGGAGCAGACUUCCAAAUUUUCUUGUUUGUUGCAAGUUCACAGGCAUGUCUUAGUGUACAUACACUCUGUUAUUUUGGUUAACAGUUUAUUAUGCUUUUCAGACAGUGUGGGAAGUAAACCAGGAAGUGAGGAUUUUGACCAGGAAUAUACAAAUUACGCUUCUGAGAUACGACAAUUCUCCCGUAUUUUCUUCCAAGUUUUCUUUCCUUUGCUUAUGGGAGAUUUUUGCUGAGUGAACGUCUUGUUUUACACUGCUGUUGUUAAUAUGUGAACUAAUAGAAGUGCCUUACAGAUGGAUAUUCAUCCCCCUAGUUUUUGUCUUGUAAGAACUAAUUGAUUUUUCAGUUGUGUCUUAGCCUGUUUUGGAUCUGAAUGUUUGCCUUCUGUCUUUCUAAGUGACUGUAUAGGAAGUUGACUCUGGAUCUCCUGCAUUUAUAGCAGAUCUGAAUUCAGUGGGUUUUGAUAGCCCUGGCUGGUCUGUGUAUUUAUGCACUGGCAGCAUUUCUGUCUCCCAUGCACACAAAGUUCUGGCCUGCUUCAAAGCAAUUUUUGGAGAGAAUUCUUCUAGCCCUGUAAGAGGCUGCCAUCGAUGAUUCUUUAUUCCCUGGCAUCAGACUCUGUAUGUGAACUUUCACUCUGUGAAACAGUGGCAAAAGGUCUGGGUGAGGUAAACCAUUCAGAUUCUCUUUACUGAGCAAAGUUUGCAGUUCAAAACUGUUACAUGUUUCAUGACAGGUAUAUUAAAUCCCACUGUGAAAAGUCAGUCUGUUGGAGGCAGAUUUCCCCCUCAACUCUGUUUGCACUUGUAAUAUGAAAAAGGAGGCAAUCCUGCAAUGCUCAUGCUCUUAGAACUGUAUUAAGUUCUCUGGAAGUGUAAAAUAGAGUCUCAGGUUCAGCUGCUUGUGACUUGCUAGCGGUGACAAAAUGAAUUCCCUCAAAAAUGCUAAUUUCUUUUAAUAUGAAUCACUUCUGGAAGAGCAGAUAUUGUUGUGCUCUAUUGUAAAUAGCAUCAGGCUUUGUUAGGCUUUUUGGGUUUUCUUAUUUUGGGAAUCAGUCUUACAGAAGUUGAAGGCAUUCUUGAAUUUCUUACAAUGAGCCAUGUUCUCAGUGAACAAAGUUGAAGCAGUUAAUUCUUACACUGAAGGACCAAUGGAAGGAAUUUUGUUGAGAGGUUUUGAGGAAGUCCGAACUCACAUGGAAAUAAGAUUAGAUUUCCUGCACUUAGCUGGAAACAGAAGAAUAUUUUGGCAUCUAAUAUCCAAAUCUCUGUGCAAAGGGAGGUGUGAGGGAUUUGCUGCUAGCAGAGUGCCCAGACCUUGUUGAUACCACGACUGAUAUAUGGCUGCCUGCUGUUUCCCGGGGAGAUCAUGAAACGACAUCGGCUUCCUAGCAGCAGCGAGGACUCUGACGACAAUGGCAGUCUGUCUACUUGGUCCCAGCAUUCCCGAUCUCAGCGUCGUAGGACUUUGUGUUCCAGAGAUGAGGACCGGAAACCCUCUGAGGUGUUCAGAACGGACCUGAUCACUGCCAUGAAGUUACAUGACUCCUUCCAGCUGAACCCUGAUGAAUACUAUGUGCUGGCAGAUCCCUGGAGGCAGGAGUGGGAAAAGGGAGUUCAGGUGCCAGUUAGCCCAGGGACCAUCCCAGAACCAGUAGCCAGAGUGGUGUCGGAGACAAAAGCCGUCACCUUCACGCGGCCCAGGAAAUACAUCGUGUCCUCCGGCGCGGAGCCUCCGGAGCUGGGCUACGUGGACAUCCGAACCCUGGCGGACAGCGUGUGCCGCUAUGACCUCAGUGAGGUGGACGUGGCAUGGCUCCAGCUUGCCAAUGAAGAAUUCAAAGAAAUGGGGAUGCUGGAGCUGGACGAGUACACCAUGGAAAGGGUGAUGGAGGAGUUUGAGCAGCGCUGCUACGAUAACAUGAACCAUGCCAUCGAGACGGAGGAAGGGCUGGGGAUUGAAUACGACGAGGAUGUUGUCUGUGACGUCUGUCAGUCUCCAGAUGGAGAGGAUGGCAAUGAAAUGGUGUUCUGUGACAAAUGCAAUAUUUGUGUGCACCAGGCGUGCUACGGGAUCCUGAAGGUGCCCGAGGGCAGCUGGCUGUGCCGGACCUGCGCGCUGGGCGUCCAGCCCAAGUGCCUCCUGUGCCCCAAGAAGGGCGGCGCCAUGAAGCCCACCCGGAGCGGCACCAAGUGGGUGCACGUCAGCUGUGCUCUCUGGAUUCCAGAGGUGAGCAUUGGAAGCCCUGAAAAAAUGGAGCCCAUCACAAAAGUUUCCCACAUUCCCAGCAGUAGGUGGGCACUGGUGUGCAGCCUUUGUAAUGAAAAAGUUGGAGCUUCUAUACAGUGCUCAGUGAAAAACUGCAGAACAGCCUUUCACGUCACCUGCGCGUUUGACCGCGGCUUGGAGAUGAAGACUAUCUUGGCAGAGAACGACGAGGUGAAGUUCAAGUCGUACUGUCCCAAGCACAGCUCCACCAAGAAAGCAGAUGCUGAGACACUGAGUGAAAGCCCAGGUCAGGAGAACAGGAAUGGGAUUCAGGACACCUCUCUUCCUGCCAACAUGGACCCUUUCCACAGCAUGGAUCAAAACCAGGAGGAGGCCCACAGGGUCAGCCUCCGCAAGCAAAAGCUCCAGCAGCUGGAGGAUGAGUUCUACACGUUUGUUGAGUCUUUGGAAGUGGCCAAAGUGCUGCGGCUGCCUGAGGAGCCGGUGGAAUUCCUUUACCAGUACUGGAAACUGAAGAGGAAAUCAAAUUUCAAUAAGCCUUUGAUUACCCCAAAGAAGGAUGAGGAGGACAAUCUGGCUAAACGGGAGCAGGAUGUUCUGUUCAGGAGGCUGCAGCUCUUCACACACCUCCGGCAGGACCUGGAGCGGGUGCGUAACCUCACUUACAUGGUGACGCGGAGAGAAAAAAUCAAGAGAUCUGUUUGCAAAGUUCAGGAACAGAUAUUUAACAGCUACACAAAGCAGCUGGAACAAGAAAGAGUUUCAGGUGUGCCUUCCUCAUUCUCCUCCAUGGAAAACACGGUGUUGUUCAACAGCCCGUCGCUGGGCCCCAACGCCCCCAAGAUCGAGGACCUGAAGUGGCAUUCUGCGUUCUUCAGGAAGCAGAUGAUGGGCACAUCUCUGGCCCACUCCUUGAAAAAACCGCACAAGAGAGACAGGGUAAGGGACAGGUCUGGCAAUGACAGCAAAUCCCUGCUGGGGCAGCCCAGCCCCAGGGAAGGAGGCGCAGCUCCAGGCAGCUUUCUAAAUUUUGACAAGACCUUUGCUGAGACACGGAUUGUAUCGGCACAGCAGAAAAAUGGCAUCGUUAUACCAGAGCACAGGAAAAGAAGAGACAAUCGUCCGCAGUGCGAGGUGGCGAAGGCAGAACUGAAGGAUAAGACUUCAAAACACACCCACAAACCGCUGAGACCCACAGAACUCUCUCAGAGGCAACUGGAAAACAAAAGGGCUGUGAACCACUCCGGUGGUAGGUCAGCACCUGGCACUCGGAGGGAUAUAGUGCCUAGAUGUAACGGGGGUCUGGUCAAAGUAAACUCUAAUCAGACAGUAGUUAAAGUGCCUACCGCGCCCACGAGCCCAGGGAAAAACUGGGGCGGAUUCCGAAUUCCAAAGAAGGGGGAGAGGCAGCAGCAGGGGGAGAGCCUGGAGGAGGCCUGCCGCCAGAACUCUGGCUACCCCUACCUGGGCGUGGGCAGAGUUCCAGCGAAGGAGAGGACAAAAAGCAAGUUAAAGCCCGACAGUGAGAACGAUGGCUACAUCCCCGACGCCGAAAUGAGCGACUCGGAGAUGGAAGUGGCUGAAAAGAAGUGCAGGCAGCAGAGGCUCAGCCCGAACAGCAGCAUCGGCAGGAGGACGGACAUUAUUCGGAGGAGCAUCCUGGCCACCUGACGGGACGCAGGCACAGGGUCAGUAGAGUCACUGCCUGCAAGCCAACUCCACCUUACUCAUCAGUGUGAAAGAGAGAGGAGCAUUCUUAGAGCUACGGACUGACAAACCGAAAGCCCAUUUUUUUUCUGAGUUGUAUACAUAUGUUUACAGGCACUUAAAGCUGUUUUAAGCUCUUUA